GCAAAACGGACAGUUGGAUCGACAAAACGACGAUGCCAAAUGAAUGCAAUUUGAUUCCAUAAUGCAUGCGCUAAAAAUUGAUGCAGGGGUCCCCUUUCGAGGGGUCGACUCAAUUAUAUUUCUUGGCAAGAAGAGUGAAAUAAUUCUCUAUUUUGCUCCCGUACGCGACUAAUAAGGAAAUAAAAUUGAGGCGUGACAAAAAAUGGAAAGAAAAAGCUAGAAGAAGAGAAAAGUCUGUUUUCUGAGUUUCUGCGCGUUAGUUUGACAGAAAUUAUUGCUACGCAACCAUUGUUACGCGCCUACGCGACCAUUGUUAUGCGAAUAGGUAAGUAGACGAGUGAGACGAUUGAAACGUGAACGAAGAAUUGAAGACAACUAGAAGAAGAGUGUUGUGUUUGUAGAUGCUUGCUAGCAUACGGGAACUGGGGUUUGCGGUAGAUAAAGGAUGACUGAACCGGUGUUUGAGUCAGUGUUAGAGUAGCGGCCGUUAACGUGUGUUGAAGAGUACAUUGAGUGAAUACACGACAAUAUUGGCGACGAGGAUGGCGACUUCAGGCAUUCACCCGCCUCCUCCUUUCCUUCCACACCCGGGGGAACCGGCGGUGCCAUGGAAGCAUUGGUUGUCCGCUUUUGACACCUACGUGGCAGCCGCGGCAAUCAAAGACGAAGCAGACAACAAGCCUCGACUACGCGCCCUUUUGACUCAUUGCUUAGGACUGGAAGGGCAGCGGAUACUUUCGACGGAGACAGAGACGGAAUCAUACGUUCAGUUACGUGAUGUGUGUGCGACGUUGUUCGGACCGAGACUCAAUUCUAUGGUCGAGAGAUUCAAAUUCCGACAAAGAAAGCAACAUCAAGGAGAGUCCGUGAAGCAAUAUGUGUUUGCUCUGAGACAGCUAGCAGCCACUUGCAAGUUUGGACCGUUGCAUGACGAAAUGAUUAGGGAUCAACUUAUAGAAAAGACGGUUUGUGGUAAAGUGAGAGACCGCUUGUUGGAAGAAGAUGAAGAUCUUACUCUAGACAAAGCAAUUGUACUGGCAUCACGGAUGGAAGAGGCGGCUAGGGAUUCAGCAGCUAUUGCGACAGUGUCAGGUAGCGUAAUGGAUGCAGUGCCAGGAGGUUUAACUAAUACAGCUUUGGGUCAAUUGGCACAGGAGUCACGUGGGAUUCGUCAAGUACAGACACGGCCAGGUAAAAGCGGCUGGAGUAGCAGAGGAGACGGCAAAUGUGGUAACUGUGGGUUCUCGGUUCACAAGGGUUCAACAUGCCCAGCAUCAACACAGACCUGUAGAAAAUGUGGGAGAAUAGGACACUACGCACGUUGCUGUAGGUCAAAGAAACAGUCACAGAUCCAGGAAGUUGAUUGUGGCAAUGAGCAAGGGGUAGAGUUGGAGACCGUUCGAAUCAAUGUUGUUGGUGGUCAGUCCAGUACACUCGAGUAUCGCCAAUGCGUUUGCGAGUUAGCUGGUGUCAGUUUGUCACUUGUUAUUGACUUGGGGGCGAAGGUUUCAGUGCUGUCAAAAAGGUCAUAUGAUCGAUGGUUUUCUUGGAGUAAGCUGGAACCAGCAAAUCGAAAGCUAGUUGGUUAUGCAGGAUCGCCAAUAAAGGUGUUGGGAAAGGCAAAGCUACCAGUCCGAUACCGGAGAUGUCAAUUAGCAGAGUUUCCAUUCUAUAUUACAGACAAGGGGACAGACAUACUAGGUCUCGACUUGUUUGAUGCCCUGGGAUUUCAAAUUUGUUGGGAUCCAGAAGAACUAGGCAGUCAUAGUGUACAAGCGGUUGACUUGCUCAACGAUGGAGUUACUAAGGGAGGUUGGAGUCGGAGAUGGCCUAGGGUGUUCAGUGGAUUGGGGAAAGCCAAUCACUUUGUUCAUUGCCCGUUAGUGAACACCACCGUACCACCGAUUAUGCAGCCACUUAGGAGAUUGCCACUGGCUCUACGAGAGAGGGUGGCAGAGGAGUUGGAUCGUUGGGAGAGUUUGGAUAUCAUUGAAAAAGUGGAUUCAUCCCCAUGGAUCUCAAAUUUAGUAGUUGUAUGGAAGAAAUCAGGGGCAAUUAGACUCUGCGUAGACCUUCGAAGAGCCAAUCAGGCAAUCAUACCUGGCAAGCAUCCACUUCCAACAAUGGAAGACAUAGCGGCAGAGUUUUAUGGAUCUACAGUAUUUUCGAAGCUGGACUUAAACCAGGGGUACUUGCAAAUACCUUUGGCAGAGGAAAGUCGCUUUAUUACAGCAUUUGUAACACAUAAGGGGACUUACCAGUUCAAGAGAAUGCCAUUCGGUUUGGCAUCGGCCCCAAGUGCCUUCCAGAAAGUCAUGGUUACGGUCGUAGCCGGAAUACCAGGAGUUGCUGUCUACAUGGACGAUAUUGUCGUUCAUGGGCCAGAUCGACCAAGUCACAAUAAGAGACUGAAUGAUGUGUUUCAACGACUACAACAUCACAAUUUGACACUAAAUGUGGACAAGUGCACUUUUGCAGUUAAGGAAAUAUCAUUUGUGGGACACAGUAUUUCGGCGAGUGGUAUUCGUCCUCUAACAUCUAACAUAGAAGCAGUUGAAAGACUGAAAGAACCGACAUCAGUGACAGAACUAAAUUCAUUCCUCGGUAUGACAAAUUACUACCUCCGGUUCGUGCAGGGCUAUGCUGAUAUCUCUUCUCCUUUGCGGUGCUUAUUACGGAAGGAUGCCCAUUGGGAAUGGUCCACUGAAUGUCAAACGGCAUUUGACAAAUUGAAACAGCUUGUCACAUCAGCACCAGUUCUUGCCCACUUUUCAUCCACAGCGGACACCUUUGUGUCGUGUGACGCUUCUGGAGUAGCUAUUGGGGCAGUAUUGUCUCAAAUACAAGAUGGACAGGAACGUCCUGUGGCAUAUGCGUCCCGUGCGUUGUCACCAGCAGAGCAGAAAUAUGCUGUGGGAGAACGGGAGGCAUUGGCCUGUGUGUGGGCGUGUGAGAAGUGGCAUGUAUUUUUGUUUGGACGACCGUUUGUACUUCGUACCGAUCACCAAGCCUUGGUAUCACUGCUAUCUGCGUCAGGAACAGGUCAAAGGCCAUUGCGAUUACACCGGUGGACAGAACGGCUGUACAAGUAUACAUUCCGCGUGGAAUAUCGACCUGGUCAUUCCAAUCAAGUUGCUGAUCUACUGUCGAGGUCACCAGCUCCAGCUGAGAAUUCAGCAUGGGACUCUGAUGAUGUGGAAGAAUGUAUAUUAUUGUUGAGCACAUGGAGCCCGGGGGUACCCUUGGAUGAAAUGGAAAGGGAGUCAGGUGCAGAUGCAGAAAUCCAAACGGUUUUAAGGUGCAUCCGGGAAGGAUGGCACGAUGUCAAAGGAGAGUCCCGUCCUUUUUGGAAUGUUCGACACGAGUUGGCACCUGUGGGUGGAAAGUCGAGUUGUCUGAUGAGAGGGAAUCGAAUAGUCGUACCAAGGUUGCUGCAGAAACGGGUGCUACAGCUAGCUCAUGAGGGUCACUUGGGGGUUGUUCGUAUGAAACAGAGAUGCCGAGAGUUUGCCUGGUGGCCUGGGAUUGACCGCCAAAUUGAGCAAAUGGUGAGAGAUUGUGAGCCCUGCCUUGUCAGCGGGAAGUCUCGCCAACUGUACAUGCUCCAUUACAACCUACUCCUUGGACAGCGGUACCGUGGCAACGACUUCAGGUAG